UGCACUGGAUCAAUGGCAAUAAUAAUUAAUAAUACAGGACAGUGCACUGGACGGAUUUUUCUGGUUUUAUGGUAAUGUUUGUGUACUCUCUGUGUGUUGUUAUUGAACUGUCAAUGUCACAAAAAAAUUAUCUGAUAGUUUUUGUUGGUCUGAUCUAUCUACCCUAAAAUAUCUCUAAAUUAAUAUUUCCGCUUUGCGCUUUGAUUAUUCAUGUGAAUUCAAAGGUCCACCGUUAAUUCGUAGUGUGAAUUGUGAGAGACAUUACAAAGAUGACUACGUCCGACCUACGUGCGUUGUUCCAGGCAAAACUGAAAGAAAACCCAAACAACGGUUUCCACACUUUGGACUUGGACCGGCUAAAAGAUGAGAAAUAUUUACAACGAGUGAUGAGACAUUGCGAUAAUGAUCCUAAACAGGGCGCGGAAAUGCUGUGGGACAUAUUUAGUUGGCGGAAAUCUGUUUCCGCGAACGAUAUUAACGAAAAUAACUUAAGAAUGGAUUACGUGCAUGAAGGGGGUCUCUUUCCUCACGGAAGAGAUGUUGAUGGGUGCUUACUCCUGAUUGUAAAGUCGAAGAAGCACGUGAAAGGUGCAAAAGACUUUGAGGAGCUGAAAAAAGUAAUCAUAUACUGGUUCGAUCGGAUAGAGCGCGAGGAAAAUGGCGACAAAAUAACGUUGUUUUUCGAUUUAGACGGCUGCGGUCUUAAUAAUUUCGACAUGGAACUAAUUAAGUACGUGAUAUCGCUGUUCAAAAGUUACUAUCCCAGUUUCUUGAACUACAUUAUCAUUUAUCAAAUGCCUUGGGUACUAUCUGCAGCUUUCAAAAUUGUUAAGGGUUUAUUGCCCGCACGGGCGAUUGAGAAAAUGAAAUUCGUUACCAAGGAAUCGUUAAUCGAUUUUGUUACACCGGACCAAGCACUGACAUGUUGGGGUGGUAAGGAUAACUAUGAAUUCGAAUUUGUCUCCGAAGGCAAAGGUAAUACGCCAAAAAAAGUUACCUUCGCAGAACAAGGCGAUCAUUCACCGGGUGAAAUGUUGAGCUUGAACCCUAAUAAUUUAAUAAUUUUUAAGAAUGAGAACGAAGAAGUGACUGGACAGUUUACUAUUACGAAUAUGGAUGACAGUGUUGUCUCGUUUAAGAUCAGAACAACAUCUCCAGAGAAAUUCCGUGUACGACCAAGCUCUGGUGUACUAACUAAAGGUGCCAAUCAGACAAUACUUAUCGUUGUCCAGCCAGGUUUUCAACUGCGCAAUGUAAUGAAAGACAUGUUUUUGGUUAUGUCUGUCCAAAUACCUAAGACAGAUUUAACACAAAAGGAGCUAGCCGAUAUAUGGGCAAACUCAUCGGGCAGCAAAGUUGAUGAAUACAGGCUAAAGUGCCAAUUCCCAGUCAAAGAUUUACCGAAAAAUGGUAAUUUGGAAAAUAAUAAUCAAGAAAAUACCGAAUCUAUCACAAAUGCUCUUAAUGACCUGCAGAUGAACUAUGAAAUUUUAAACAGACGAGUUAAAAGGCUUAACAUAUUCCAAUACAUAACCUUGCUGGUAACUUUCAUUAUGGUGUUACUAGGAUUUCUCCUUUACCAGAACACCAUGGAAAACGAUGAAUACUGCCGACGUAUCUAGCCUAAAAAUCUAGUGGAUUAUUUAUCCACACAGAAUUUUAUAAAAUUAUGUUCUAACUUAUUUCCUAUAAACAAACAGUAUGUAGAAUAAGUAGAUACUGAAACCAGAAGCUCUGGGAUACAGAUGUAUGUUUUCACUGCCAGAGGGAAAACACUGUAGUGUAUCAUCUGCCACUGCCCUGCACAAAUGCUUCCAUCUAGGAAAAAGAAACCCUGAAGAACGUAUUUUAACAAAAACACGUUGUAGAUUAUAAAAAGUGGCUUUCAAAAUUUUGCAGUAGUUGACGUGACUGUUACUUCUUGUCAUAGUUGCAAGAUGAUGUUAGAAUGAAAAAUGUUGCAGAUUGAUGUUUUUAUCGGAAAGAUUCAUUUGUCUUAGUAGUAAGAGGUUUAAGAUUGACCACAAGUUUAUGCAUUCAACAAGUUAAUGUUUUUUAAUUGACUUCAAAGAUGGGUGAGUAUCUAAAUUUAGACCUAAAUAAAGUUUUUAUUCAUAGUUUAAUAUUGCCUAUUGUUUAACGCUAUUGCAUUUUUUAAAUGCACGAUGAAAUUAAGUAUCAGCAAUGAAGUAUAAGAAGUUGAAAAUCUCACAUAGUUUUGUUUCCUAAACAACUUUCCAAUACUUAGUGUCCAGAAAUGGUGUUAAAUUGAUGGAAUAUCUUAAGUUGAGUAAGGACAUAGCUGAUUAUAAGUUGUUAAUAAUCUUAAGCCAUAAACUAUCUUAAUCAUAGUUUUUAUUCUGACUUUGCAUCAGUUUGUUCUGCAACAAAGGCUUCCUACACUGACCUUGCUUUUGUGCUGUUCUGUGCAAAUUUGGUCUUCUUCUUCCUUAACGUCAUCUUCCGACCUUUUCCUUUAUAUUGCUUUCAUUCAUAUCCUUGGAUAUCACUCUGUGACAUCUCUUGUUCAUUUUCCAUUUCUGUCCCUCAAAAUAACAAUAGGACUAACAAAUGUUUGUCUUUCCGACAAAUUAACAUCAGUAAAAAACAAAAACCAGAUACCUACCUUCUUUCGCCCAGAUUUUCUAUUGGACUUUUUAGGCUAUGGGUGAAACAGGAUAUUAUUGACCAAAGAAAAUAAAUUAAUUUCUGAUUAAAUUAAGGAGUAUACAAUUUCUGUUAAUUCAACUACCGUUUUUGAAGUCAGUUAAAAUAUGUUGCUUGUGUCAUGUUAAAUAAACAUGUUACCAAUUUUAGGAUUAAUUGAUUAUUUAUAUUGUACAGAAGUUUGAUUUCUCUUAGAUUUUAUUAUCACCCUGUUAUUUUCCAGUCUUUUUUUUAUAUAGUUUUCAGAUUUUUUGUACCAUUGCAUGUGUCAUAACAUAUUUAAAGUUUAUUAUUUAUUGUGUGCUUAGAUCAAAAAGUUUUUUCUUAUAUGCUCUCGACUACAAAAAUAUUUCUAUAGUUGUGACAGUUGAAUAGUUUUAUUCCCAAUUUGGCGAUAAUGCUAAAAACUGCUUAAGAAGCACGUAAGAAGUUUUUACUUCUUUUGGCGUCUUAUGACAAAUCAGAUGAGACUGAAUUUUAAUGCAAGAAAUGCAGGUAAAUUUAACAAUUAUUUGCGCUUUAAUCUAAACAAUACAUGACAUAAACUUAUCAAGUACUAAGAAUAACAACUGGGACUGGGUUUUUUUCUACCUAUUUAUUUCAUUGCGUGAAAAUUAACUCUUUUGUUUACAAAGAGUGCCAUCUAGUGACAGUCAACUCAAAGAGAAGUUAGCAUUUGUGUAAAUGAAAUUAUAUAAAGAAAUUAAUCGAAUAGAUAGAAUUUCUCACACUUUGCACUCAGAUGAGCUACAUUGUUUGCUAUAUUCAGAUAAACAAUCCCUCAAGAAUCCACAUUAAUUUCCUAUUCAAAAAUACAAGCCAUGUCAAUCUCAUUGAAGUAUUCUAUGGUAAUAGUUAGAAGAACUAAUGCAGUGGAGUUAAAUGUAGUGUAGGUAUACUCUCUGGACGCAAUGCUCUCCUCAUUAGAGACUAACAGCAUCUAGUUUUACAUAUGGAAAAAAUCAGUCUCAUUUAAUUUCUCAACGCAACUAUAACAUUAAUAUAGGUAUUAUAAAAUUCAUGCAUUCCUACAAAGUACUUUGUUUGUUAGGGAGCUCCUUUUAUAUAAUUUAUUACUAAUUAUUCCGAGUUUUGCAUUUUUUUAUCUGCGUAACUACAUUCUAACUAGAAUUAUUAAUAAAAAGUUGUAUUUGUGUAGUACUAAAAAUAUGAAUCAUAAAAAAGUAUCAGAAAUAUGUUUCAAUCAAUCGAUUUUUACUUCGAAUUUAUUUAAAAAACAUUCUUUGUGCACAAACGUUAAUUUACUUUUUAUGUAAUAGUAUUGUAAAAAGUAUCAAGCUUAAGUGCAGUUUUUAAAUUUUUUGUUUGAAAAUAGAAGAUAUUAUUGACGGAUUUUUAUAAGACAACUGUUAAAACGCCUUUUAAUGCUCUGAAAAUAGCUCUCAAUUUGGCCAUUAUAAAGAUGGCAUAUGAUCAGCCUUUACCAAGUUAAUUUAUAUAAUGGUUACUUGUUUUGUGGUUUUGGUUUGAUUCUAUUUGAAGAAGUAUAUUUAGUAAUAUAUUUAGUAAUAAAAAAAA